UAAAAUCACAAUCAAAUACAAAAAAAUAAUUCCUUCCCAUUGAAAAUACGAUAUUGGAAUAUAUUGAGUUAUGGUGCUCGUCUAUGUUCAUGUUCAUAUUUACUGUACUUUAUGUUGGGGAUGUUACUGGCCAAAUCUGUGGCAAAUUUUAUAAAUUUCUUUCAAAAUUUAAUCUUAAAAACGAAUUUUUAUCACCAAAUGUAAAAAAGCGACCAAAAUAUCAUCUGCGUAUACAUUAAAUGGCUAACAUGAAACGAUCAAAUUUGUAUGGAACUCAAAUUUGAGAAACAAAUUUCGUUAUCUCUACCCUUUAUCAGUAAGACAUGUUUUGACUGAUGCGAUUCCUGUUUAUUCGAGGUGUACUUUGGCCAGUGUUUAGUCGUCACACUUUGAUCGGUGUGAAUAUGGGACCAACGACAACGCACUUCCCGAACAUUCAUUAUGGUUCUGUCUCUCGAAUCGACACGACACCAUUUUUACAACUCUUCUACAUCUCGAGUAAUAUUAUGGCGUUCAAAGGGAAAACAGCAAUUAUAACGGGCGGUUUAGGUGGCAUUGGCUAUGCAACAGCCGAAUGUUUUCUUCGAAAUGGCAUAUCGGGCCUUGCCAUUUUGGAUAUAGCGAAAUGUGAUGCAAAAGUUGAGACACUACAAAAUAAUUAUAAGACAUCGAAAAUAGUGUUUUUAUCGAUCGAUGUGGGUGAUGUUGAAUGGGUUGAGCGAGUAUUUCAAGAGAUUUGGACCGAAUUUGGAAAAAUUGAUAUUUUAGUCAACGGAGCAGGAAUUUUAGACGAAAAAGAUGCCGAAAAGUGUUUGAGAGUGAAUUUGUUGGGUGUAAUAAAUACGUGCCAAAUUGCGGUCAAAAUGAUGGACAAGCAAAUGGGUGGUAAUGCAGGGAUUAUUCUCAAUAUUUCAUCGAUGCUUGGUGUCAAAGUGAAGCCAGGAUUGCCACUGUAUUGCGCUACCAAACAUGGUGUCGUUGCAUUCACAAGAACGAUGGCCGAUGGCUCUUACUUUGAAAAGUAUGGAAUAAAGUUUAUUAAUAUCUGCCCGAGCAAAACACACACCCCAAUGAUUGAUCAGCUGUGCAAAACACUCCAGGUUAAGUCAUUAGAUGAUUUAGUGGAUGACAAACGACCGAUUCAAAGUGCCGAAGAUUGUGCGAAAUGCAUUAUUGUGAUAAUAUUAUCGGGCGAGAACGGUUCGACAUGGUCAAUUAGCGGUGGCAAAAUAAAACGAAUCUUUUGUGACGAAUGAUUGUGAUCGCGUGAUUGAUAUCAAAUAAAAACACAUUUGUGGCUAAGCUUCUAGAAAAUAAUUGCAUG